GAUUAACCUUAAUCUAGAUACCGUUUUAUUAUUCUAUGAUACCGUCAGUGAAGUGUCUUCAUUUCCAAUGUGUUUACAAUGGGUAAGAACAAGAAAGGGUACAACUGGAGAGCAAGACAAUUAAUUGACACGAAAAUUGUCAGUCGUUCAAAAGAUGAGGUACAAGUGAGUUUAAACACCGAAAAGGAGAAGUUUGAUUCCUGCAAUGCAUUUGUUUUACCAUCCAAAAAACGAAACACCAUUAAAAAAAAAGAACCUCAAAGAACAACUUCUAUUUUAUCUAAAGCUGAAAGAAAGAGACUGGAAAAAAUAGUUGACAAGAAGAAAAAGAAAGAAUAUCGUGCCGCACUGUUAGAAUCUUUGGCUGAUUACCAAGCCUCCCCAGAUGUCUUGAAGAAGCUGGUCUCAGUCGCCAAAAUUCAGACUAAAGGUCUGAAGAAAGCGCGGAACUGUAAUGAGAACCUCUUUGAUCAUAAACUGCUGGACACAGAGAAUGAACACUCCUCGAAUGUAAAUAUCAUUUCUGGCAGUAAAAAGCGAAAACAGCUUCUUACGGACUACAAAGAACAAAAGAAGAAGAGGCUCAGACAUGGUGCAAACAUCGUUAACUUUGAAUUAUCUGACAGUAAUGAUGCAGAUUUUGGUUCAUCUAAUGAUGAAGAGGCUAGGCCUUGUUGUGAAACUUCUCCCGAUCAAUCUAAGUCACAAUCUGAGACUUGUGCAGAGAGUUUUAAAACCAUUUUUGAAAACAAAGAAGUGAAGAAACAAGUCGUCAACAAAGAAAAUGGAGAAAUCAAUAAAAAGGUAGUGGAUGAAGACACUGAAACUCGCAACUUUGGAAAAGGAUUGAUGGACUCAGCAUCUGAAGUGAAGGUUAAAGUAGAAGUAGCAAGUGAAGGCAUAGCACCGGUCAGCAAGCCAGCAUUUUACGUACCUGUUGAACGAGAUGAAAAAAUUCAAGCAUCUCGUUUGAAACUGCCUAUUCUUGCAGAAGAGCAAAGUAUCAUGGAGACAAUCACAGAAAAUUCCAUCACCAUUAUUUGUGGUGAAACAGGCAGCGGCAAAACAACCCAAAUACCACAGUUCUUGUAUGAAGCAGGUUAUGGAAGUAAUGGCCAAAUGAUUGGAGUUACUGAACCAAGGAGAGUCGCGGCAAUUUCGAUGUCAAAACGUGUUGGAAUGGAGUUAAACUUAUCAUCUGAUGAAGUGUCAUACUUGAUUCGAUUUGAAGGAAAUACUGGUCCAUCAACAAAAAUUAAAUUUAUGACCGAUGGAGUCUUGCUGAAAGAAAUUCAAAGUGACUUCCUGUUGACCAAAUAUUCAGUAAUAAUUUUAGAUGAAGCUCAUGAGCGGAGUAUUUUCACAGAUAUUUUAAUUGGUCUUCUCUCAAGAAUUGUUCCCCUUCGAAGUAAAAGAAAUAACCCUCUUAAACUUAUCAUCAUGUCUGCAACUCUAAGGAUAGCAGAUUACACAGAAAAUCCUCGACUGUUCAAAAAACCACCCCCAGUGAUUCAUAUUGAAUCACGUCAGUACCCAGUUGUAAUUCACUUUAACAAACGGACAAGUGUGGAUUAUGUAAGAGAAUCUUUUUCCAAGGCAUGCAAAAUACACUGUCAGCUUCCAGAAGGAGGAAUCCUUAUUUUUUUAACAGGUCAGCAAGAGGUUAACACCCUGGUUAAAAAACUUCGGAGGACAUUCCCCUAUAAAAAAACCUGGAACUUGGAGAAUGAAGGAAAAAUAGGAGAUGAUGAAGAUUGUAGUGCCAGUGAUGGAGAAAAUGUAGAAAUGAGUCUGUCAAAAGCAAUUCAGGAAAUUAGAAAAUCAAGAAAGACAGUCGUCAAAGCACUUCCAGAAAUCAAUUUAGAUAGUUAUGAUCUUGCCCCCGCUGAUGACACAGAAGCAGACAUGUUGGAUGCUGAAGAUGAAGAUAUUGCUGAGACAGAAGGGGACUCUGAUGAAGAGUGGUCGUCUACAGUGGAAGCUGAAUUUACAGCAAGGUCUAGUCAGCCUUUGUGGGUUCUCCCUCUCUACUCCCUUCUACCUAGUCACAAACAAGCCAGGAUUUUUGAGCCACCUCCUCCUGGAUGCCGGUUGUGUGUGGUGGCUACAAAUGUUGCGGAAACAUCUCUCACUAUUCCUUCAAUCAAGUAUGUUGUCGAUUGUGGUAGAACAAAGACCCGCCUCUAUGAUAACUUUACUGGUAUCUCAAUGUUUUCUGUGAUUUGGACAAGCAAGGCAUCUGCUGAUCAAAGGGCUGGACGAGCUGGCCGCAUUGGACCUGGACACUGUUAUCGGCUAUAUUCAUCAGCAUUAUUUAAAGAUGAGUUUGAAGAAUUUACAAUGCCAGAAAUUCAGCAGAAACCUGUUGAUGAUCUCCUACUGCAGAUGAAGGCGAUGAAGAUUGAAAGAGCUGUGAAUUUUCCAUUUCCAUCUGCUCCUAACAUUAUCCAACUGAAAGCGGCAGAGAGGAGACUGGCUAUCCUUGGUGCACUAGAGACAUCGUGUGCCAAAGAUGAGUGGAGCUCAAAAUUGACUCCACUUGGUGAAGCUAUGGCCUUAUUUCCUGUCGCUCCAAGAUUUGGCAAAAUGUUAUGUCUUAGUCAUCAACAUUGCCUAUUACCGUACACCAUAGCCAUUGUUGCUGCGCUCUCUGUCCAAGAAGUUUUGUUGGCAGAAAAUGUUAACACUGCCAAAGUAAGACGAAUGUGGGCAGGAGUAGGGAACUCAUUACUCUUAGGUGAUGUGAUCGUCCUCUUAAGAGCAGUUGGAGCUGCUGAAUAUGCCAGUAGCAAUGGUGCUCUGGGUGAAUUUUGUCUGAAAAAUGGAUUAAACAAAAAAGCUAUUACUGAGAUACGCAAAUUACGGAAGCAAGUGACCAAUGAAAUGAACCUGACCAUUGCAGAAUUGCAGCUAGUAGUAGAUCCUCAGAUGAAGCCGCCAUCUGAUUUACAGGCAAAACUACUGAGGCAGGUUGUUUUAGCUGGAAUGGUGGAUCAUGUAGCUUUGAAAUUAGACCAAGAUCAAUUGACUGCAGCUGGUCUUCGUCCACAUCAGCCAGCUUAUCGCAUUCCUGAGAUGGAGGAUAUUGUUUUCAUGCACUCUUCUUCUGUUCUUCGUAAAACCAGACCACAGUGGGUUGUGUAUCAAGAAGUUUAUCAGCUUAAUGAUAAAAUGUAUAUGCGAGGAGUGACAGCCAUUGAACCAGAAUGGCUGCCUGUUUUUGCGAGAUCCAUGUGCACCAUAUCAGAACCACUUGAAGACCCGCCGCCAAGAUACGAUGCGGAAUCGGAUACAUUGUUGUGUCAUGUAAAUGCAACCUUCGGGCAGAGUGGAUGGCCUUUACCAGUCACUGAAAUUGAGUUUCCUGCCUGCACUGACAAAUAUCGUUUGAUUGCCAUGUUCCUCUUAGAUGGGACAAUCAUCCCAUCUCUUCAGAAGAAUGCCCCUCAUCUAUUAUCUAGUCCCUCAUGCAUGACUAAGUCAUGGGCAAGUUUACAGCCGCGAACAAAUAUGUUGUUGAAAGAAAUCAUGACCAAAGACAUUGAUUCUAGGCAAAAACUGAAGAAGAUUUGGGAUACAGAUCCUUUGUAUUUAUUAGAAGCUUAUUUGAGAUGGCUACCUGAAUCAGCUCAUUCCGAUGUAAGAGCAGACUGGCCUCCAUCAUAAAAGUACAAGUUAUCACCGGAUGGUUGUUACAUUUGAACUGUCUCUCCUCCUCCACUUAAAUUAUGACCUGGUUAUGAAUUGAUCUAUUCAGUGUUAAAGUAUGGAAACUUGAAUUCUUGAUACUGGUACACACUCUGUCUACCAUACCAAAAAAGUACGGAUACACUGAAAAGCAUGGAUUUUGAUAGGUUGGUUUGUCAGAAUGUAGAAUGUAUAAAUUUUUCAUGUAUUAGUAUGGAAAUUCGAAAUUUGCCUGAUGAACUGAAAGAAGAAUCCUCGGGAAUAUGUAAUUUCCCUACACUAUAUUAUCGCGUCCCUGCAAAACCCCCUCUUAGAAUCUGUUCAUUUAAGUUUAUUUUCCCAGAAUUCCCACUUUCCCCCCUCCUUUGUCUUUUAAAGAACUGGGUUCUUAUCAGAGUUCAGAAUUCGUGCUAAGUAAAAGGAGAGAGUGGAAGAGGCAAUGAAUAAGCAAGAAUCUCAGUGAGUCUCUGAAAAGAGGAAGUUUUGGGGGAAAGGAGAAAAAGUAAAGAGUAGGAAAAAGCAAAUGUUUUAAAUGAUGAUGUACGUUUACACACCCAAGCAAAUUGAGUAAUUCUUUUGAGUGAGCAUAUAUGGCCGUAUACGUGGUUUUUCUGGAGAGCCGAUUGUUCUAUUCCUUGUUCUCUAAGAUGUGUAUAUGUAUAUAUAAUUAAACAAAACUCACGAAUA